AUGACUUUGCCCUGGGUUCAACGUGGAAAGAGGCGUGCGAGCGAAGGUGAGCACAACGCGCCUAAAAGAAAGCGAGUCGAACAACGAAACCGUUCGAGCGUGGUCGUGCCCAGUGCAGCACCGCGGGUGAUGAUGGGAACAAGGCCAGAACAGCGACAACAUCAAUAUAUGCGAAGACACAGAAGAACCAUGGCGGUUGGAAGUUCAGCCCGAAUCCCAGAAUUUCGCCCACCGGGGCCAACUCGUCUCGGCUGCUUCCCCGAAGUCUCCCGUCACACAAAUGUCCAAGUCGAAACCGAUGCCGGCUACAACCUCGCCAAGAUGUCCGACCUCAAGCCUGACAUGAGCGUUCAGGAGAAGCUAAUGUUAGGACUCCGAACUGGGCUACAACGCAGGGACGAGUACCGAGCCAAGGUUGAACAAGACCCAGCCCGUUUACGACAUGAAUCUCGAAACGAUAUCAUGGCUUUUGGUGGCAUCGAUAUGACCGACCUUGCCCUCGCCUUGCCGAAGUCAUUAAGACAGAAGGAAGUUAUCAACGCUGCUGAAGAUGAGAAACGGCGUUUGGGGUUUCCAUCCACGGAAGUUACUCUACCAGACAGAAGCCCGGCUUAUGCCAACGAGUGGUGGGACAUGUAUAACGCUUACAUCAGAGCCAGAUCGAUGUUUGUCAUUCCCGGAGUAAUUGCUCGGCGGCGGGCCGAUCAGAUCAUGAAUAUCGAGUGGCAACCCAGCUACCACGGCAUGUCAAUGAACAAGAGCUUCAGCGCCUUUCAAGCCAGGUCUAUGGAAUUGAACGGGUAUCGGAGGCGUUCGAUACAGUACGUACACUUCCAAAGGGAGAACAACGGGCAAAAGUCGUUUCCGGGGGGAGCCCUGGGUACUAAUGCAGGAGACGACGACGAUGACUCGAGUUUCACCACAGAGAGGUUCUUUGAACGUGAUCGGAAACACAAACUAUCAUUGAUAGACUUGGAUAUCAUCCUAGUAGUGGUGAACACCAGCAAGCCACUGCCCAUCAUGGAAGAGCAACUGGACAAGAUGGAACCUCCACAGCUUGGUGAUUUUGACAAGCUUACCAUUGGGAGGGUCGAUUCAGGCUUAGAGGAUGUGAAGAUGAGGCUAAAGAUUUCCGGAGACGGCGUGCCAAUCUUCGUGACCGGGUCCAAAAAGGGUCAUAUGCCGGAUGACAGCACACUUGACGACUUUCUCUGCGCAUCGGAUGUGACUGGUCUUCCCUGGAAAGAAACAGACAGACGUGUCAGCAAGAGUACGUUGUUGCUGAGGAAGGCCGAGUUCUGGGACCGCUUUAAUUUGGCAGCAGACGCCGACAAAGUGCGAUGGGAAUCACUCCAGGACGCCAUGGCGAGCGAUGAGUGCAUCGUAGACAUUACCUUUGAGGGUGAUUGGCAAGAAUUUGCCCCGGUUGCUCGGGCGUCUCAGUCAAGGUGGACGCCUGUGCAGCAUGAGUCGUCGCAAUCUCAACAUAAUAUCAGGCCGCAAGGUCUGAUUAGAGGGCAAAAUAACAGACAUCAAGGCAACACGGCUCCUUCUAAAAGUUCUGGGCUUCGCAACGAAGUCCAUUGCGGACUGGCAGAGGCUCAGAAGGACUUUGGGGGGCAGUAA